UUUCAAAGUGACAGUUAAAGUUGACAUGUUGAGUUUAAUUUUCACAUACAUGGACACGAAAAGCGACUAAAUUUGAAGAAACGCGUGAGCCUGAUGAUCAAUGUCCUUGAGCUUCGAAGAACAACAAAUCCGCUGUGUAGUACAUUGGCUUUCCCUCUGGUCUGAAACUCAAAAGGAAGAAUUUUAUAAAGUUUCGGAGCAGAAACGUUCUGACAACCUUUUAGAUUUAUUGAGUAGCUUUGAAACUUUAAGGGUAACGAGUCACUCACCAUCUGUGUUUGAAUGUCAACUUAAACAGUUUUCAUUGUGGUUUGAUGAAUGGACUAAUCAAGCUUUAUUGAAGAUUAGUUAACUUUUGUUCUUUAAAAUGGCAUCAAUUGGAGAAUAUGAUCUUAAAAAAAUUGGCUCUGAUUUAAAAAGGAUAAUUGAUGAGAGUAGUGAAAGAGGUCUCAGACAUACUGACAUUUGGGCUUCGGAACUAUACUGUGCGUUAAUUGAUCAAAUUGGAACUGAUACUGAUUUCAAUUCCUCAGAGCUAAUCGAAAAUAAAAGAGAGGAUAUCAAAGCUAAUGAAAGAGAGUAUGCUUAUUAUCGACGUGCCAAGUCUUAUUUUGACAACCAAGAGUAUGAUCGGGCUGCUUACUUUGUACAACACAGUACAUCACCCGUUGCAAGAUUUCUUCAUUAUUAUUCUACUUAUUGUUCCGGAGAGAAGAAACGAUUAGAUGACAUCGCUGAAGCAUCCUCUCCCAAUGAUAGAUCAAAAAAUUCAGUUUUAAAAUCAUUACGGCUUCAACUUCAAAAAGCUCACAUAUCAGGGUCUUUAGAUGGAUAUUGUCUUUAUUUGUAUGGUGUUGUUCUUAAAAAGCUACAAUUAGAAAAAUAUGCAUUGGAAAUUCUCUGUGAAGCUGUACAGAAAGAGCCUUUGUUUUGGGGUUCUUGGCUUGAAUUGGCAACUCUGAUAUCAGACAGAGAAAUGUUGAAUGAUCUUACAUUACCCGAUUGUUGGAUCAAGGACUUUUUCUUAGCCCACACGUAUUUGGAAAUUCAGAUGAAUGAAUCAGCUUUAGAAAUUUAUUCAAGCCUUAUGGAAGCUGGGUUUUCUAAAAGCACUUAUGUCAUGGCUCAAAUUGCCAUAGCCCACCAUAACAUGCGUAAUCUAGAAGAAGCCAUUGUUGGUUUUCAGGACAUUCUAAAAGUAGAUCCUUAUAGGUUAGACAACUUAGAUAUUUAUUCGAAUUUGUUAUAUGUUCAAGAAAUGCGUGUGGAACUGAGUAAUCUAGCUCAUAAUACGUGUGACAUUGAUAAAUACAGAGUGGAGACCUGUUGUGUGAUAGGUAAUUUUUACAGUUUACGUACGCAACAUGAAAAAGCAGUUUUAUAUUUCCAAAGGGCUUUAAAGCUUAAUCCAAGCUACUUAUCUGCUUGGACCCUUAUGGGUCAUGAAUACAUGGAAAUGAAAAAUACCAGUUUCGCUAUCCAAGCUUAUAGACAGGCCAUUGAAGUUAAUAGAAGAGAUUAUCGUGCUUGGUAUGGUCUUGGACAGACUUAUGAAAUCUUAAAAAUGCCUUAUUACUGCCUUUAUUAUUAUAAGCAAGCUCAAUAUCUUCGUCCAUACGACUCUCGGAUGAUGGUAGCAUUAGGUGAAGCUUACGAGAAGUUAGACAAGCUGAAAGAGGCUAAAAAGUGUUUCUGGAAAGCACAUGCUGUUGGCGACAUUGAGGGGAUGGCUCUUAUAAAACUUGCUAAAAUGUAUGAGAAAUUGAACGAAGAAAAACAGGCUGCAGCUGCAUACACUAAUUACAUCAGAGAUGCAGAAGCUAGGAAUGCUACUGACAGAGAUGAGCUUUGCCAUGCAUAUUUGUAUUUGGCCAAGUAUUAUUACGAACAUUUAAAACUGGAAGAAGCUCAUGAAAAUGCACAGAAAUGCUUGGAUUAUCCUGAAACUAAAGAGGAUGCUAAAGCACUCCUUAGGCAGAUAACCGCAAGAAGAAUUCAUGCUGAAGAAAUAAAGCCAAACUCCGGUGUCUAUCGUUUUCCAAAUACAACCCCAUCUCCAGUCCACAUAUCUCCCAUGAAUUUGACAUUCACUCCGUAAUUAUUAUGGGAAAUUCAAUUUAAUUCCAAACUACUUUUUCUGUAUAAAGGUAUUGCAAUAAAUAUUUUUGCCUUGCCGUAGAUAUGUCAUCUACAUAUAUUUUCUAAUUAAAUGCAUUCAUUUUCUUAGGUGAAUUUUUUACGUAUUUUAAAUUUUUUUUAUGCUGAUCCUGCUUUUCUCCUUGAUAAAAUUAAAUUGGCUACUGGAGUAGAUGUAUACAGCUUAUAGUUUUUUCUUUUCUAUGUGUAUUAAUUUUAAUUUGUAAUGGUGGCAAUGGUUGACUGUGUUAACUUCUCACCUGCUGCAUUGGAAAUAAAAAUCUGUUAUGAUAGAUUUUUUUACUUCAAAAUUUUAGAAUGUUUAAAAAUAAAAUAAAAUUACAAUGUAUUAAUUAAAAUAAACUUGACUAAUUAGAAAUGUUUUGUGGGAAAGACUUGGUAAUUGCUUAACUAUUAAAAUAUUUAUUAAUGCUCUCGUAAUAGGUGAAACUCUAUAUCAUUUGUAUCUGUUUUAUUUGUGAAAUUCUCAUAGCCUGUGAAAUAUUUCAAAAAUAAAAUGUCAUAAGUUUUGCUAUAUAUACUAUGAACUAAUAAUAUUAAAUUAUGUUAAGGUAUUUUUGAUUGUAAUAACUUAGUGUUGGAAAAUGUGUUAAUAUCUUCUUUUUUUCUGGAAAUAAAACAAUUUUGAACUUCUAAAAA